AUGAGCUCCACGCAACGGCCAUCCCUUUAUCUUGCGCCUUCGGUCAACACCACAACUGUGGUCACCACGACCACCACGACCACAACUUAUGCUCCAAUUCCGCUUCCACCGCUUCCGAGGCCCUCAUCGCCGAGGGAUCCGAAGCAGUUUCCGUUGUCGAACGCGAAUCUUCCUCGUUCUCUCAGGCAGUUCCCCCUUGUAUUCCCGGGCGGUUCACGCGCUACAUUUCGUGAUGAGACUGUGUCAGAGGAGGAGAUGCACGAAGAAGAGGAGAUUGUGGGUGGCAAGGGAUGGAGGAUGGUCAAGCCAGACGAACGCGAGGAUCAGCGUAAGGAAGUUGGCCUUACAGAAGCGAUCGAACGGUACGCCAGGAAGAGAUCCUACAGUAACGACAAUAUGAUGGAGGGCAUCGAAGCUACUAACGGGGUGUCGGCAAACGCACCACCACGGAAGAGAGUCAAACCAGCCCCUCCACCGUUAGCAACUGCAUUGACAUCUGCCGCCCCUCCAUCACCAUUACCUUCACCGCACGGCUCGCCCUCUCCCGAGAACAUUUGGCCGUCUGCACCUCCAAGCGGCAACUCUUCGCCACAACCACAGGCUCCGCUGCAGCCAGAUCUCUCACUGACGACUCUCCUCACACUACCAUCAUUACUUGGGCAUUUCUCGAAUUUGCCGACGCAGUUGCAGUCACACGUCCUUCUUACCUUCUUGCGACAUUCACCAUUACCUGUCCUGCGAACCUUACACUCCGUCCUCACACCAAUUCUCGCUCGUGAUUUUCUUAGUCUUUUGCCUGCGGAGCUAGUAUCUCUCAUUCUAAGCUAUCUUUCUUUUGCCGAUCUUGCACGAGCUUCACGCGUCUCAAAGACCUGGCGGGCUAUCAUCGAUUCGGAUCCUGUACUAUGGAGAGAGCUGCUGAAGACGACAAAAAUCUGGUUUGGUGGUACAUCUGAGAACGCUUUCGCUGAUGCGAUAUUUGCUCGUCGAAGACGUUUGCAGCUCCCUGCACCAGGGUCACUUCCUCUACCCCACCCGUACAAAAUUCUCUUCAAGUCGCGACAUCUAACCCGCACACGCUGGGUGCAUAAUCAGAACCCAAAGCGCAUAACCUUCCCCGCACACGGUCGUUCCGUUGUCACAUGUUUAAUCUUCACCCACGGACGAAUCAUUUCCGCCUCUGACGACCACUCUAUUCACGUGUAUGACCCUAUCACAGGAAACCUCGUUCGCAAGCUUGACGGUCAUGAAGGCGGUGUAUGGGCGUUAGCGGCAACCAAGAACACCUUGGUCAGUGGUUCUACGGACCGAACAGUCCGGAUAUGGGACCUUACGACGGGGCGAUGCACUCACGUCUUUGGAGGGCAUACGAGCACCGUCCGUUGCUUGGCGAUUGUCAAGCCGGAGUGGAUCGACGUAGAGAAUGAGAACGGGACGAUCACCCGCGAGAAAUGGCCAAAACGACCGUUGAUUGUGACGGGUAGUCGCGACCACUCGUUGAGGGUGUGGUCGUUGCCCCGACCAGGCGAUGUCGAGUACAAAAGUACGGAAGAGUCCGAAGUCGAUCCUUCCGAGGUGGGUAGCUCAUCGGUCAUGGUUUUGAUCCGAUAUUUACGCCUUGGGCAGGAGGAAGUCGAGGAUAAUCCGUAUCACCGCCUGCACCUAGAGGGUCAUGACCACGCGGUUCGGGCCCUCGCUGCUCGGGGUCGCACCCUUGUCUCGGGCAGCUACGACUGUACUGUGCGAAUAUGGGAUAUCAUUUCCGGGACCUGCAAGUGGGUUUUGGUAGGGCAUACUCAGAAAGUCUACAGCGUUGUUCUGGAUAUUCACCGUAAUCUUGCUUGUUCUGGCUCCAUGGACGGCACCGUCCGGGUUUGGGACCUCAGCACUGGUCAAUGCCGGCAUACGCUCCAGGGACACACAUCCCUUGUCGGCCUGCUCGGCUUGUCGCCGUCCUAUCUCGUCUCUGCUGCCGCUGACUCCACAUUGAGGGUGUGGGAUCCUGAGAGCGGUGAACUCCAACACACAUUGGCUGCCCACCAAGGGGCCAUCACGUGCUUCCAGCACGACGAGUUCAAAGUCCUCAGCGGCUCCGACGGCACGCUGAAGAUGUGGGACAUCCGCGAGGGCACGCAAGUCCGCGACUUGCUCACUGGCAUCGCAGGCGUGUGGCAGGUCGUCUUCGAGGGCCGUUGGUGCGUCGCUGCUAGCAACCGCGGUGACGCAACGGUACUCGACGUGUGGGACUUCGGCAUGGAAGAAGGUGAUGAGGAGUGGGAAGGAGAGCCCCCAGGGGGCAUCUACGACGAGGACACGGAGGAUGAGGACGGUGGUCAGGCCGAGGGUGAAGCAAUGGACCAAGACUUUGAGCUCGGCCCUUCUGACUCAGAGGAGGUGCUUGCGGACGACCUCGACCUUGCCGAGGAGGAUGACGACGAGCUGCCACGCUGGCGUAUGGCAUCUGACGAGACAUCAAGGACAGGUUCUCGCCUGAGCGCGUUCGAAGCCCCUCGCCCUGCUGGUCGAGGGCGACUGCUCCUCAAUACGCAGCAAGGGCUGGGCUCGUCGUCAGGCGCGCGCGCAAGGCCCUUACCCACGAAUGACGAAACCCCUACGCGGCCACGCACUGUGCGACACCCGAUGCAACAGCAAUCGCGCCGACGGUAG